CCUCUCCGUAUCCGCAAUGAUUUUUGCACUUCGUCUCGUGUGCUCGUGGCAUCCGUGACCCCAAAUCCACACGAGGACGGCUUCAUUUGGACGAGCACGCACACAAGUCCACCGCCCGAACAGUAAAUAGUUAUAGUAGCACGCACUACGAGGCCACGAACGGUGCCUGAAAUCCCAAAGGAACACCAACCAAAGCCUCCACGCAUCUUUGUUCACGUGCCACGGCAAAGGGUGAAACCGUUCACGGGCUCGCGCACAGCUCGUGGAUAAAAUGCCUCCACGACGGCCGUCAUGGUGAACUGAAACCAGCACACUGCACACCUCCAUCGUCCCGAGGAAGAUCGAUCGACGAGCAGCGAUGAGCCGACGCACAAGGCGCGGCGACCGGCAGCAGCAGCAGCAGCCGGCGGCUCGUUCCACGACCGUGUCCAACAAUCCCAUCUUCUUCGUGCACGACGGCGUCGACGACGACGAGCCGGUUGAGUUCGCCAAGCCGCUGCCGCUGCCGCUGCCUCCGAGCAGGGCGAACCCGCAGCCUGAGGGCUCGCGGCUGGCACCCGGUUCCACGUUCAUGGCGAGCCGAAACGGGAGCGGCUGGGUCCUGAGGAGGGUGCACCACCACGACGACCCGUUCCUCGCCGCCUACGUGGCCUGCACCAAGAGCGGCGGCGGCAAGGUCGACGCCGCUCCGGCGAAGCGGCAGCAGAAGAAGAAUGAGAACAGAGGCGAUGCCGCUGUACAGGGGUGCGGCAUUUGGAGCGGCUGGACGGCGGCGGGGGCGAAGUACGCCGGAGCGAUGUCGUGUAAGUACGGCUGCGACGUCGCCUCCGCGCAGGGCGACGAUCCCGCCGCGUCCCCGGUGCCCAGGCUGCACCUGUCGCGGCAGCUCGUGGUGAUCCCGGCCAAGAAGAGGGCCCUGCAGCCACGGGAGCGGGCGCAUGGCUGAAGGAGGGUCAUGUGUGGUGCGCCCUCAUGUGAAUAACCAAUGUAACGGUCCAUACUACUGCAGUGUGUGAAACUGUGAAGAAACAUACAUGUAAACUAGUAUGUGUAUAUUUGUUUUUUUACGGGAGAACUUGUAUGUGUAUAUUGCGCUGCGAUCCAUCGUAUAGACGAAACAUGAAUUCAACUUACCGUUUGA